AUGGUUCGUCUUAUAAACUGUCUUCCAUUAACAUUCUUGAUUUUUUGCCUAAUCGUAUGCUCUAUCGCAUCUACAAUUCCGUCGUCAGAAGAAUCUACACAUAAUGAAAAUCUUCUAAAUUCCGACAAUAUGCUACAAACAGAACCGACUAUUGCUGACAUGAAAAACAUCCCGGAAUACACGGUGGAAGAAAUCAAAUAUGAAAAUAUUCCUGAAAAAGAAUAUAUCUACCAAUUGGAGCCUAUUUCAGCCGAUUCGGUCGAAACAAAUAAUAUCAACAUUAAUGAUGAAGUAGACUCUUCUCAGAUAUUUCCAUUUCGAAGAAUAGGGUUUGGUGGUCGUAUGUAUGGCUUUCGUCGUGGAUACUUUAACGUCCG